UCAGCAGAAAUAACAACUAAUUGUAUUUACAUUUUAAAUAUUUUUAUAGUUUAUGAAUCUUAAUAAACAAUUGGCGGCAAAAGUAAUGGAGGCAAAUUGUUAUACACGUGUGCAUUUUAUAUUAUUUUCAUAAAAUAAUUGCAUGUUAAUAAUAAUAUAUAAUUAAUGAUGAAAAAAUCUAAUAUAAUCCAAAAAAAGGGCUCGAAGAAUGCAAAUGCAUCAGAAAAAAAUCAGAAAAAGAUUAAUUCAUUUUUUACAAAAAUCCCUAAAUCUCAAGAAAAGAAUGAUAUUACAGAAAAAGAUGUGAUUUUGGAUACAGAAAUUAAAAACGAUUCUUCCAUAAACCGCAAUGCUAAUAAAAAGCGAAAAAGAUCUGAGAGUUCAGAUUCUGAAUCGAAUAUAAAAAUAAAAAAUAUUUGUUAUGGUAAUGUCGAAGAAUCAUUUUUGGACAAUAGUCUCAAAAUUAUUGAUGCGCAGAAAGAAAACUGCAAAAUAUCUGAGAAUUGCAAUAAUGAUUCUUUAAAUAUAUGCGAUGAAACAAUUGAAGAAUUUGAUAAUUCUUUGAUCGAAGGUUUUACAGAUGAUUUAACUAUCAUCGAUGACGAAGAAACUACCUCAAGUAAUACUAACAAUGUAAAAGAUAACGAUAACAAGAAUUUGGAUAUAGUUGAAUUAAAUCAAAUGUUCAACAACAUGAACAACUGCGAAGAAUUGAAUGUGGAAGAUUUCGAUGAGAUAUUUGAUACCGAUUGGAAUUUAGAUUCGCAGAUAAAUCUUAAUAUGUUGGAACGAUGUGAAGUUAUAAAUUUGGAAAAGAGUUUCAAAUCGACAAUCUUAAAAGUACAACAUACCAAUUUGAAAAGUUUUGGGACCGUAACAUGUUUAGGAUAUUGGAAAGAUUUACAAAUUAAGGAAGGCGAUAUUGUAAUGAUACAAGCGAAGAAAGAAUCACAGAAUUGGAUUGUUGAUAAUGAUCACGGUUACAUUAUAAUAAAACCUGACGUAUUAAUUUCUAGUACAACAAUUGUUGGCGGCUCUUACUGCACCAGACGAGCAGUGUUAAGUGAAAAGUUUGGAAGAAUAGAAUCUUUGCCAUACUUUGUCUCUAAUCAGAUGCCAUUACUUAUUGGAAAAAUAGUUCAUACACUUUUACAAAAAAGUGUAGUUGAAAAUAUUUAUAAAAUAGAUGAUAUUAGGAAAAUGGCAGAAAUUGAAUUACAAUCGAAAGAUACGAUUAAUAUGUUGUACAGUUCCGAAUCUACGUUUGAAAAAUGUAAAGACGAAGUAUUAUCAUACGUACCGCAAAUAUCAGAAUUUAUUCAACAUUACGUACACGAUAUAAAACAAAAAGCAAUAAGUAAUGACAAAAAUAAUUUCCAAGGGAAGAUUUCUGAGGUACACGAUAUAGAAGAAAAUAUUUGGUUACCAAAAUUAGGAUUAAAGGGAAAAAUCGAUAUAACGGCUGAAGUUAAAAUUCAUUCCCGUAAAAAAAUAAUGCCUAUUGAAAUAAAAACAGGAAGACCGUCAUUUUCUUUGGAACAUAGGGGCCAAGUUAUUUUAUAUAUUAUGAUGAUGGCUCUUAUGGGCCAAGAAACCGAUAGCGGAUUAUUAUUAUAUCUUAAAAAUAAUAAGAUGCGUGAAAUAACGUGCGGUCGUGCCGAAAAGAGAGAUUUAAUUUUAUUAAGAAAUACUCUGGCUGAUUAUUUUACCAGAACGAAAAAUAUAACAUUCUCGAAUGAUUCUAAAGAUGCGUUGAAGAAUAUGCCACUGCCAGAGCCUAUUAAUCAUUAUACUAGUUGUCUCAAAUGUCCUUACAAUAAUCUAUGUUGCGCUUAUUUAAAAAAGGACGAUACCUUACAGUUGUCCGAAUCUCACGGAUUAGUCAAACUCAGUAAAGAAAUUUUAAAUGUAUUUGAAGAUAAUCAUAUAGAUUAUAUAUUCAAGUGGGUAUCUCUUUUGCAAAUGGAAGAAAAUAUGCAAGCUGAACAAUAUAAAAUGAAAGAUAUAUGGACUCUAACACCAGAGAAAAGAGAAAUGAAAGGAAAUUGUAUUAGCAAUUUGAAAGUUAUCGGUAAAGUAAUCGAACAAUACGAUAGAUUUAAACAUAUCUUUGUUCGUACGAAUAGUCAAGCUGUAAUCGAUAAAAAUAUUUCUACAGAAUUUAUAGAAAACGAAUACGUUAUUGUUAGUACUGAUACACGAAUAAAUAUAUCGUCCGGUUUUAUAAUACAGAUAAAUAAAAAUGCGAUUACACUUCUUUUAAACAGUAAUAUUAUGAAACGUAACACGAUUGAAAACUUUCAUAUCGAUAAAUAUAAUUCCAUUACUUCUUUAUUAACUUUAUUUUCGAAUGUUGGAGGCUUGUUAUACGACAACGAAAUAUGCGGAAGAUUACGAAGCAUCGUUAUAGACAAAAAACCAGCAACAUUCUUAAAAAAACUACCUCGUUCUGUUAUCUUCAAAUCAGCAACAGUAUUACAACAUUUAAAUGAAGGACAACAAAGAGCAAUUCUUAAGUGUCUAGCUGCUAAUGAAUACGUUUUAAUAAAAGGCAUGCCGGGAACAGGAAAAACUGAAACAAUCGUAACUUUGAUUGAAGUUUUAUAUAAAUUAGGCACCUCAAUAGUUGUAACAUCGCAUACUCAUAGCGCGAUAGAUAAUAUUUUGUUGAAAUUGUUGAAUAAAAAUAUCGAUUUUAUAAGAUUGGGAUCGUCUUAUUCGAUAAAUCCAUUGUUAAAAAAUAAAAAUGAAGAAUAUUUAACAUCAGAGUGCUCAACAAUCGAAGAAUUGAAAUCGGUGUACGCAAAUAAGAACAUUGUAGGAGUUACUUGUUACGGUUCUAAUCACAUAUUCUUUGACAAAAGAACGUUCGACGUAUGUAUAGUUGACGAAAGUACUCAAGUAACUCAACCAGCAAUUUUAGGUCCAUUGUACAACGUUAAUAAAUUUAUUUUGGUAGGAGAUCCUAAUCAAUUAUCACCUGUUAUUAGAAGUAAAACGGCUAAAAGCCUUGGCGCAGAGGAAUCUCUUUUUGAAAAAUUAGAUUCGGAAAACAAUACUAUUUCUUUGACGUUACAGUAUAGAAUGAAUAAAACUAUUAUGAAUCUGAUUAACAAAUUAACGUACAACGAUCAAUUAAAAGCAGGCAAUGAAACAAUAGAAAAUGCAACCUUCGUAUCACCGAAUACGAAAAUACCAUCGUCGAAUGAAAUAUGGGUAAAAACGGUAUUAUCGCCAGCGUUAGAUGAUUCUGUGAUUAUUUUAAAUACGGGUUGUAUUCGUGAGAUGACUAUUGAUUUUAUCGAUAAAAAAGAUAAUAUUAAGAUUGAUCAAACGUGCACUAAUAUUUGGGAAGCAGCUUUAAUUUUAUAUCUUUUGAAAACUUUAUUUCAGAUCGGAAUAGAAUGCAAACAAAUCGGUAUUAUGGCGCCGUAUAAAGCGCAAGUUAUGUUAUUGAGAAGUUUAAUAGAUUCAGAAAUAGAAGUAAAUACGGUUGAUCAAUAUCAAGGACGCGAUAAAGAUAUUAUUUUCUAUUCGUGUACAAAAAGUGUUCAGAAAAAAUCAGACAAAGUUCAGGAUACUGGAAUAUUAGAAGAUCAGAGACGUUUAACUGUAGCUGUUACUCGUGCAAGGCACAAAUUAAUUAUUAUCGCGGAUAAAGAUACUAUGAGUCAAUAUACACCGUUUAAGCAAUGUUUUAAUAUAGUUGAAGAAAAAAAUAUAAUCAACAUACAGGACCCUUGUUACAAUUUUACAUGGGAACCGAUCAUUAACUCGUUGAAAAACAAAUAUGUCUUUACAAUUGAAUGAAUGAUUUAUACAAUUGAAUGAAAAAUGGCAUGAUUAAUAGAAUGUAAUCAAAAAGUGAUAUUAAUAUUUUUUUAUAUUAUACAUAAGUUAUUUGCGAUUAUAUACAAUAGUUAUAUUAAUUAGUGAUAUUUCUUAUAAAGUACUAUAAUAUAAUAAAUAAUAUAAUUGGUUUAUAUAUGUUACCGU